ACUCCCUGCCCCCCAUCCGUCUCCUUCUCGCUCUCUUCAGCCGCCCUUCUUGCCGCCGCCUCUGCCGUUCCUCAGGCGGCCCGGCCCGGCCUGCCCGCCCCGCGUCCCCUCCGGCCGGUGCCUUUCCCCCGGCGGGCUGCCUGCAUGUCUUUGCUGCCCUCAGCCCCGCCGCCACCGCCGCCGCCGCCUCCCCCGCCGCCGCAGCACCAGCACCAGCCGCCCCGCCGCCGCCGCCGCCGCCGCCGCCCGGACCCCGGCGCGUUGAAUGCAGACUAAUAGGGAUGCCAAAGGAAAAAUAUGAUCCUCCAGAUCCUCGCAGAAUUUAUACCAUCAUGUCAGCAGAGGAGGUAGCCAAUGGGAAAAAAUCUCACUGGGCAGAAUUAGAAAUCUCGGGUAGAGUGCGGAGCUUAAGUACAUCACUUUGGUCAUUGACACACUUGACAGCGCUGCAUCUAAAUGACAAUUACCUUAGUCGCAUUCCACCUGAUAUUGCCAAGCUUCAUAAUCUGGUUUACCUGGAUCUGUCAUCCAAUAAACUCAGAAGUUUACCAGCAGAACUAGGAAACAUGGUGUCUCUCAGGGAAUUGCUUUUAAAUAACAAUCUGUUACGGGUUUUGCCUUAUGAACUUGGUCGGCUCUUCCAGCUACAAACUCUAGGUUUGAAAGGCAAUCCUUUAUCACAGGAUAUUCUCAAUUUAUACCAGGACCCAGAUGGAACCCGAAAGCUACUGAACUUCAUGCUUGACAAUCUUGCAGUUCAUCCAGAGCAGCUUCCUCCGAGGCCAUGGAUUACAUUAAAAGAACGAGACCAAAUUCUGCCAUCAGCAUCAUUCACGGUUAUGUGUUACAAUGUGUUAUGUGAUAAAUACGCCACCCGGCAGCUAUAUGGCUACUGCCCAUCCUGGGCAUUAAACUGGGAAUACAGGAAAAAGGGAAUUAUGGAAGAAAUUGUUAACUGUGACGCAGAUAUCAUUAGUCUUCAGGAAGUGGAAACAGAGCAAUACUUCACUCUCUUUCUGCCAGCAUUGAAGGAGCGUGGAUAUGAUGGAUUUUUUUCUCCAAAGUCACGUGCCAAAAUCAUGUCUGAGCAGGAGAGAAAGCAUGUGGACGGUUGUGCAAUAUUCUUCAAAACAGAAAAAUUUACAUUGGUACAGAAGCAUACAGUGGAAUUUAACCAGGUGGCAAUGGCUAAUUCAGAUGGAUCCGAAGCUAUGCUGAACAGAGUGAUGACAAAAGAUAAUAUUGGUGUUGCUGUGGUAUUAGAGGUCCACAAAGAACUAUUUGGAGCAGGUGUGAAGCCUAUUCAUGCUGCAGACAAACAGCUGCUUAUAGUGGCAAAUGCCCACAUGCAUUGGGACCCAGAGUAUUCUGAUGUGAAACUCAUUCAGACCAUGAUGUUUGUCUCAGAGGUUAAAAACAUUCUGGAGAAAGCCUCAAGCAGGCCUGGCAGCCCAACCGCAGAUCCUAAUUCCAUCCCGCUGGUGCUAUGUGCAGAUCUUAACUCAUUGCCAGAUUCAGGUGUUGUGGAAUAUUUAAGCAAUGGAGGAGUAGCUGACAACCAUAAAGACUUCAAGGAACUAAGGUACAAUGAGUGUCUUAUGAACUUCAGCUGCAAUGGAAAGAAUGGAAGCUCAGAAGGGAGAAUCACACAUGGCUUCCAACUGAAGAGCGCCUAUGAAAAUAACUUGAUGCCUUACACCAAUUACACCUUUGAUUUCAAAGGCGUGAUUGACUACAUUUUCUAUUCCAAGACUCAUAUGAACGUGCUUGGUGUCCUGGGGCCUUUAGAUCCUCAAUGGCUGGUUGAGAACAACAUCACUGGGUGUCCACACCCUCACAUCCCUUCAGACCACUUCUCACUGUUAACACAACUUGAACUCCACCCUCCACUCCUGCCUCUUGUCAAUGGUGUUCACUUGCCUAAUCGGAGGUAGUGGAGUACUGCCCCGCAAAGACGGGGAUCUGUUGCUAUGGACCUGUACAGUUGUAAAUCAAAGUAUGUAGGAGUGAAGUAUGGCCAUCCUUAAGCUGCUUCUUCAGGUUCCUUUCAUUAUGUGUUUGCUAUACGAUUUUGUACAGUUUUGUGCAUAUUGGUAUCAUUUGGCACUAGGGCUGGAACCAAAGUAUUACUCUCUUUUCAGAUUUUUAAUGUAACAUGUUUUUAGUUGAACCUUCUUCUUAUAUGAGGAGUCAGCACUCAUAAUUGAUAAAUCAUCAAUUCGAGGCCCAACAACAGUGUAUUUGUUCUUCCAAAACAUACACUUUCUUUCAAACAGUUUCAAGUGAGACAGCCAUUUUUGUAAAAAGGCAGUUUUUAAAAACUAUAAAUAGAAGAUUUUAAACUGAAUGAUGGCUUGCCUUGCAGGAAACUUUUUUGAAUUUCUGUUUUCCAUGAUGAUAAACUAAUUUUUGACUCCCCAGUCAUUUGCACAUAAACAAAGCACUUAAAUUUGCUGGAUCUGUACAUAAAUUAGCCAUAAUGAAAAAAGUUGAGAAAUUAAAGAUGGUUGCACAAUAUGCUUUCAAAAUCAAGCAUUUAACAGCACACAGCUAUUUGUUGGGCAAGCGCUGGUUCGUCUUUUUGUUUGUUUGUUUCUUGAAUCAUUCUGUAUUUUGUUCCCCUAUUAGUUAUAACCUUACUAGAAGUAUUAAUUCUAGGCCUGUCUCUCCAGUGUCUUUAUAGGAAAACAGCAGGUAAUUUCUACUGCCAUACUUUUUGAAAAUAGUAUUUGGUCUAUGUAAUAUGCCCCCCAAAUUAGCAUCCAGUAUUUUUUUUAAUGAUUUCCAUCCACCCUUUUCUGCCUGGCUGUGCUGGAAAAAGAGAAAGUAUAUCAUCUGCAUCAUUUUUGCUGUUAUGGUGAAAUGUUAAAAAAAAAAACAAAACAAAAACAAAAACAAAAACUACUGAAUUGAAAAGGCCCUGAUCAAAGUUUUACAAGGAGAAAGCUAUACACAUAUUUCAUGUGUUUCCCAAAGUAGGUCAAGUGGCUGUUGGUUUUGGCUUUUUGAGGUGACAGUGGAAAGGAUUUGAGGUGACAGUGGAAAGGAUUUGGAGGGGGAGAAAGCAGGGAGUAGUUGAAAACCUUGGAUCAUUUUUCCUGACUCUAGUUGCCAAAUGGCCGUUAUAUGCUUUUAACCUUUGUUUCUGUUGUCUGUCAGGGUUGAAUUAAGAAGCUACUGGUUUAUUCCCAAUUAUUGAUGCUCUUUAGAUAUGUUGAAAUCCUUUUUUCACCCAGGAGGGGCCAGUUGAAAAUCUGUGACUCAAGAGGCAGUGAAUGAAAUACCGUUUUCUGGGGGAAAAAUUGGUUGGCUACUUGAUGUUAAUUAUGGCACAGUAACAGGAAAAGGUUGUGUCUGUGUUUUUAAGUUUUUCCUUAUUCUGCUUUUUUGCUGCUAUAAGAGUUUUCUGAAAUUUAUAUUUUAAACUUUUCAUGCACUUUACUGUUUCUAGUCUCAAAAUGUGAUAUUUUUAAUAAACAAGAAAUUUUCCAUUAUGUGAAUGAAAUUUUAAAAGAAAAUAGCCUAUAUUUGUGUCUCACUAAUAUAUAAAGUACAGGUCAAAUUUAAAUUAUUUAAUUAGUUUUAAAUAUAUACAAUUUGUCUCCUCUUUCAAACCUGACAUCUUAGGCUGUUUUAUUAGUCUUAAAUGAUGCAUUUCCUUUGGUUGUUUUAUACUAAUUUCUUCCAUAGUAAAUUAAUCAGGCUACAUAAGAGAAUAUUUCCCCUGAAGGGUAAUUUUAGUGGGAUGAGGGUGGUGGGAUGAUGUAAUAUCAUAUAUGGGAUUGCAUCAGAAGGGUUCUGUAAAGCCUAAACUCCCUCUUAAAAGUGCCUAGUGAUAGAGGCGUUGUUUGUCAUCUGUUAUAAUUGGAAUGUCAUUGUAGUUGAGUGAAGUUUGAUGUAAAUAAAAUAUUCUUUUAAAAAUGUUAAGGUACCAGAAUAAACAAACAAAAUAAAGAAACAACCCUUAAGAUGACAGAUUUUCCUCAAUGUGCAGGUACCCCUUCUUAUAUACCUCAAGCAUUCAACAUCUAGCCAUGCAAAUUGAUUACCUGAAGCAUAGUACUGGAAAGUAGAAUAGCAUGAAAAACUUAAUUUUGUGGACAUUACCUUUUUUUGUAAUCAGCUACUGUAUGUUUUAUUUUAAAUCUUUUGUUUUGUGUGGGUUUUCUGCUCUGGAGGUAUAUGCACUAACAGAACAUUUUCCUCCUUUCAUAUACGCAUGUUAAUUAGCAAUGUGAGCAAUAUUUCCUACCAUACUUCACUCCCAAUAUUUUUUGAGAUGUUUGUAUAAAAUGGAAUUUAAAGUUCACUUAUGAUUGUAUAUGAACCACAGAGGAGCCCAUUUAUUAAUAAAAAAAAAACUUUUUUAAUAGUUAAAUGUAGAGGGAAAAAUAAAAAAAAAUUGGGAAACAUUGUAAACAGCUUAAGUUUAUUUUGUGUAUGAUCGAGGCACUCUGUUGCAGGAAGGUGUGUAAUUGGGUUCUCUCUGCUUCCAAAUGCACUCUUUCAAACCAUUCAUUAUCCUGUGUAUUUUUAAUGUGGUUUUAGUAAAUGUUGGUAGUAGCUCUGUUGAAGUAGGUAAUUGUGUUAUGUUUUGGGUGGCAAACACACUUGGGGCAUGGUAACCCAGAUUUCAUGUGCACGGUUUCCCUUUAGCCCACUGCCCAAAUUUCACACACCCUUCACCCUUUGUCCCCUUUGUAAAAGGAGUGGUAUCUGUUUUGAGCUGCCAAUUCAGAUGAUCAGAAAUGCUGCUCUCCUCAGUAUUGUCUUGUUAAAUAGACAUUUGGAACUUUGGCAUGAGAAGCCCAAAGGAAGAGGUGAAUGACAUGUGGUAUAUAUUCAAUGAGAGUGAAAUAUUUAUGCUCAUAUACUUUCUGGCUCUCAGAAUAAGUUAAUAAGCUUUUUAUGCCAUGGGGCUGCUGCAUAUUUUAUCUGAAGUUAAAAGAAAAUUUGGGCAUUUUUAGAUUGUGAUAAUGUGUUGUUGUUUUUUUAACUGUUAAAUAUGAUUUCUGAUAUUUAUCUAAGAACUGGAGUGUUCUUUAAAUUUAUUGAAACAGUGUUGUUGGAGGAAGGGAAAACUGCACUGUUUGCCAUUACACCAGUCAUACGUGUGCGUGUCAGGUCGCCCACUCUCUCAGGCAUCAGUACCCGCCUCAUAGCUUUACACAUUUUGAUGGGGAAUACUGCAGCAUCCUCAGGACUGACAUCUGGGAAAGGCUCAAAUCCACUUACUGCUCCUUGCUUGUUGACUUUGUUUUAAAAUAUUGUGCCUGGUGUCAACUUUUAAGCAACAGCACUGCCUAAAAGCAAGCAGAGAACAGAAUCCCAGCACCAUUCUAUAGGCAACUUUUUAGAAUUCAAAUAUAGUAAAUCUGUUCAAGAUUUAUGAUGUUUUAUGUAAAAAAAAAUUUUGUACAACGUAGCUGAAUAUUUUUGUUUCAUUUCUUUGAUGUAAGGCGUGUGAACGUUCGUUCGAAUAUCACAUGUUAAAGUCAGGUAUGGCACAAUGGGUUCUGAGACCAGCUUUUCCUCCCUCCCAUUUGCCUUGUUCCAAGCUCGCUCUUUUCAAAUUAUUUUUCUGAUAUCCAUAGGCAGAUAUUUAAUUUUACUAAUAAGCAUCCUGUGUGAAUGUAUUAAAGAAGCCACUGUGUUUUAGUAUUGUAGUUUGCAGAAAUAUAAAGCUUCAUUUCUUAUUUGUCCCUAUUCUUUGGUGUUUUAUAGUUAUAUAUUAAAUCACAGAGAAGCAAGGGAGAAAGUUGAAGGACAUUGAAGGCUCAUAUCACUUGAUUCUACGGGGGGGGGGGUGUAUUAGAAUUGAGGAUGUGACACGUUAAAAGUGGAACGUGGGCAAACGUAAGGUGUUCCAUUUUAAAAUUGUAUGUCCUAAGUAUAUACUGUUAAAUGGAUCAAAAAUUAAGUUUAUAUUUGCAUUUCCAAGAGUUUCUAAAAAUCACUAAUGCAUCUAUACUUUCAACUCAAAUAGCAAAUAAUAGAGAAAGCACAAGAAAAAAAAUAUGUGAAAUGUGUUCUUUGAUGAAAUCAGAGACAUAUGGUUCAUUAUUUCCACUCCAAGGCUAGAUUUUCUAGCAGUAAACAUUGACAAUGUCCCAGUACUUACGUUUUUGUUUCCAGAGUCUUACAUUCUGAGUUUCUGAGGGAUUUAAAUAACUUUGUAAAAUACACUGACUGGUCAGUAGCUUCAGUCACAGAAAACAUCAUCAGUUUCUGAUGUAUGUGGCAGGCCAUAAAAAUGGCAAGCAAAGACUUUAGGGCGCAUUUUCAAAAAAGCACUCAUACAUGAUAAUAUUUUAACAGAAAUGUGAAUUCUCACAUUUGUAAGGUAAUCUUUCUUUUCUACCUGUCCUUCCCUUAAAAAAAAAUCACCUUUCUAAUGUGUAGAAGAUUUGUUUAACCUUUUCCUUCCAAAUAUAUCAUGUUUGUAGAACUCUACACAAAUUAACUAGGGAAAUCAGAAUAUUUUUCUAAGUGAGGAACUUCAGUUAAAGUCUUGAAUUUGUAGGCAGAUGAAAACUUUUAUACUUAGGGUUGCUUUGAGCAAUUUUAUUUAUUUAUUUAUUUUUUGGUCCUUUUAGGGCCGUACCCACGGCACAUGGAAGUUCCCAGGCUAGGGGUCAAAUCAGAGCUGCAGCUUCCAGCCUACAACCACAGCCACAGCAACACAGGAUCUGAGCUGUGUCUGUGACCUACACCACAGCUCAGGGCAAUGCUGGAUCCUUUAACCCACAGAGCAAGGCCAGGGAUCAAACCUACAUCCUCAUGGAUACCAGUCGGGCUCUUUACCACUGAGCUACAACAGGAACUCCGAUUGUAACUUUUUAACAGCAUCAUGAUCACUGAAUUUGAAUUCAAAACGUAAGGAAAUUAGUACACCUUUACCCUGGGUUAUUUACCAAAGUGGUAAUCUGUUGAAGAGCAGGAUACCAAGAGUAUCUUUUGUUUUACAACAUGAUACAUCUUUAUUGUGUGUCACCUUAAAGCUUAAGGGUAAAAGAAAAAAAGAAAGUUCUUAUACCUAUUGUUGCAGGGUGUUCUGAACAAGAUCCAUAGAAAAAGAAAAAAAAAAAAAAAGCACAGUUCUUUUUGGAAGGUGGUAAGGGAGAACAUGCAUGUUUCUUGUUUUAACCAAAUACCUUCUUUGUAUAAGUUUCUCUGUUAAAUCACAAGUUCUGUAGCAAGAAAUAGGGAGAUUCCAGGAAAAGCAAGCUUUAUUAACCUAAGUAAUCUCUUUCAGCUUAAGUUUGUUUAGUUAGACUUGGGUUAUUCUUGGAACCAAAGGAAAACAAGUAUGUUGAGGUUUUAUUCAACAAACAUGAUGACAUCAAAGUAAUGGAAUGUUUUUAAGUAAAAUAAUUUUCACUUUCAAGGCAAAUGAAAUAAGGACAUUUCUGCCUAUUAAAUGUUAAUUUUCUGUGGCAUAUGGUAUAAAGUUAGUAGCAUUGUAUUGAAGGAGAAAUUGUCAUCAGAAAUAAAUCACAUUGAAGAGGGUAUGCAAUGCCAGGUGACAGGACUUUUGGCACAAUAACGUUGGGUAUGUUCAGCUUCCACAAACUUUGAGAAGACAUAGUUUGGCACCUACUAGUUGUUAUUUUUGUUACAACAAUCUCCCUGAAUUUAGUUAAUGUCCCUAAUUGUGUCUGUCACUUUUAACUCUAAAGCAUAAGAAUCAUGGAGCGCCCCCCCGCCCCCGAAAGGGUCCUUUUUUGUUCCUUUCAGUUUUGUGUUAAUUUCUAGUUACUGAUAUGUGACUGUAUUUUCUUUCAAGAUAUCACAGGUUAUAUGUACCACAAUUGGCUUAUUAGCACUGGUGUGUCAAACAAUGGCUUUGCUUCUUACAGAACAGGCUUAGUUUCCGGCUACUUGUUUCGAUCUUGAUGAAGUAGUCUGAGUGUGUAUUUAUUCAGAAACUGUACUGUCCUUUCUCCACGCUUAACUUGCUAGUAUUUCCUUACCUUUGAAAUUUCUGAGCGGUGCUCUGCCAAGUUUGGGGUGUGGGGGGGUUUUGGAUGGCUGUGUUACUGCACACUGGAUCUGGAAUCGUUCAGUGUUGUGAGUGGCAAAUUUCUUAAACACCAGCAGCACUGAGAAGUGCACUCUGGGCAUUUGUCCAGUUGUCCAAAUGCAAGCAAUUCUUUCAUCUAGGAGAAGCUGAGGAAUAUAGUUCAUUGGAGUAAUUGCUAUAUUUUGAGGGGAAUGAAUGCUUUAAACUUUGGGUUUUAUGUCUCUGACUGGAGUGGGAUAGUAUGGAGGGAGGUGUGUGUUUGUUUUGAGCGUGUGUGUGUUUACCUUUUCUCUCCGAAAAGGCCAGGGUGUUGGUCAGAUUCACCAUGGAUUAAUUUAUAUUUUUUAUUGUGAUUUCUUUCAACCAUAAAACAAGUGCCAACUAAUCAUCCAUGAGAUGACCUACUCUUCCACUCAAUUUACCAUUUGAAUAGGGAAGAGUUCAUUUAUUUUUAUUACUUGGCAUUCAAUUAAUAAUUCAUUGUUUUGCAUACAUUUGAGUCAUUUGUGGCCUCUGAAGUGUUUUUGUACCUAAUUUAAUGGUUGGAAAGCAAAGCACAUGAGUUUAAAACUGAGCAAGAAGUUUUGGUAAUUUUUUCCCUGAAUACUUGGUAGUUUCUAUUGAUAUUAUUCCAAAACAGAUGCUCCUGUUUUAGGCUGUGUAUUUACUUCGCUUUUGUCCUCACAAAAAGCCAAGCACUAAAUCAAUUUGUUAUUGUGUUCUAAUAAUCAGUUUAAAAUCUGAGAUUUUCUUUUUUUUAAAUUAGAAGCUUUAAUGAAGUGCCAUGUAAUUGUAGCUUACUAGUGUUUAAUGUUUAAUAGACUGGUUCUGUGGUGUUCUAAUCAUUUAACACUCUGUUAUCCCCAGAGAAAGUGGCUCCACUCUUAAUUGGAACACAAUCUCUCUGGCAAAAUCACCAGCUGCUUUAUUUUUCUAUUUAUUACAGUUAAAUAGUUGAUGAGGUCUGAAUCUUGACCAAACUGCUCAGCUGAGAUGUUUUUCACAAUAGACACUGUACAAAAUGUGCGUGCAAAAGGACACAGUUGGGUGGUAGUAUUUUUUUCAUUAAUGUGAACAUUGACUAAACAAAGCAGUCCUGCCUUUUAAAUCUUGUGGCAGCUCAGGAGGGAGGUGCUUAAGAACCUUAACUACUAUGUCCGAUGACAAAAUACUUUUUUCCAUUUUGGAGAUUGGGUACUGCUCACACAUGAUGUAUAGGGCUAAAUAUAUGCUUGUUUCCUUGCACCUGUGUACUUCCCCUUCUCUCCCUCCCUUUCCUCCCCCUGUAGGCAAUAAAUGGCCAUUUUGCAACUGCA